AUGUUGAGAAACUUGAGUUAUGCAGGAAAGAAUUUAUUUCGGAGGUACCCCAUCCUAAUUAGUCAAACUUGCUCAGUUCAAAAUUCAACUAGUGAUGAACCAGUCAAAUUUACUGCCAGUAAAGCUAGUCAAUGGAAAGCUUCUUAUACACGUUCAGGAGAUGAAAAAGAAAAGGAUGAAGCCGCUUGGUUUGAACCCUAUGUAGUUAGCUUAAGCAUCAUUGUUUUCAUGCUGUAUUUUUGUGUACUCAGAGAAGAAAAUGAUGUAGAUGAAAUGCUGGGAACUUCUCUGUAUGACAGAAUAGAAGGUUUAGAGGAGGCCCAAUUAAGAAUUCUAUUAAGCUACAACUUGGAUCAUGGGAAAGAAACAUCUGACAUAAAGAAAAGAAUUCGAGAACUAGAACUUAUGAGGGGAAAAGUAGGAGAAUCUUAA